AUGCCAGAACCCGAGUUCAAAUGCGAAUGUGGUUACUUUACGCACCGUUCGUUCAAUUUCAAAAGACACCAGCAGGGAACUACCUGUCCUCAGUCGCCCAAUUUCGGUAAGCCCCCACAAACCAAUACCCCCAAAGCCGGUGCCGCAAAACGACGCAAUUCAGUAUCAGAGCCGUCCACGGCCAAGAAACCAAAUCCGCCCUACAGCAAUGAAAAGCACCAGCUGGGAUACCUUUUGGGAGGCACAUGCGAGAUCGAUGCCAUGCCACCACCGCCAACCGUGACGCGGAAUGGGGCACAGAUGGGCAUUUUCAUCACCCCACCAGCACCUCACCAAAAGGCAGUUCAAUCGCUCAUGUCGCAAACAAGCCAUCUUUCUUCAACGAUUUCACCCCCGGGAACUCCGAUCCCGUCGCGAUUCUACCACCAGGACCGGCUAUCGCUCCCCGGCCAAGUGCCAAUUGAAGAACACGAAAAAGUGGUUGAAAAAGUACGCAAGCUAGAGGCCUGGCGAGCCCGCGUAAGGCGUAAUGUCAACUUUCUGCUCGAAGAUAUCGCUAACGAAGAGUGA